AUGUCAAGUGAGGAGUUCCAAGACCCGUCGAUGCGACUACAAAGAACCCAAAGAUGUGGAAACACUCAUGGAAGAACAUUACACAACCAAAAUAUAGACCUCAACUCACUUUUGCCUUCCUCGAUUCCAUUCUUCCAACACCCAUCGUAUCACCAGUUGGCACGUUUUUUAUGCACCGCCCUCUUCAAAAACGUUAGGCUUUGCACGAUAUUUCCUUAUGUCUUCCGCUAUCAAUUUGAGGUGUUAAUGUGGUUGCCAUCAAGUGUUUCCAUUUUCACCAUGGACAAGUUUGCAAGAAGGAUAUUGUUCUUCGAAGGUGGCAUUCAAAUAUAUGCAUGGUCUCGGGGUCCACUAGGGUGGUUGGUUCCAAGUGAAAUAUGUUCUCUUGAGGUUCGACGCGGUGUCAAGGCACCAAUGUUACCGUAA